GCCAGCAACAAAACGAGAUCUUGCCCGCGCGGCCAGCAAGAGCGGAAUCUCCAGGAGCGAGCCAGCCCAGGCACCCAGAUCGAGCUGCCCUCUCUCUCAGGCUCUCCACAUCGGCCAUGUUCCUCUACAACGUCACCCUCCAGCAGCCGUCGGCAAUCAAUUGUGCGUGCAUCGGAAACUUUUCGGGCACGAAGCAGCAGGAGAUCAUCGUUGCCCGAUCGUCUGUGCUCGAGCUCAUCUCACCCAACUCGGCGACGGGCAAGCUGAACCCGCAGCUCGCGCUCGAGUGUUUCGGCAUAAUUCGGUCGAUGCAGCCUUUCCGCCUCACCGGAUCGUCCAAGGACUACCUCGUCGUUGGCUCGGACUCGGGCCGCAUUGUCAUCCUCGAGUACAACCCAGCUCGAAAUCAGUUUGUCAAGCUGCACCAAGAGACAUACGGCAAAUCAGGCUGCCGUCGUAUUGUUCCUGGACAGUUCUUGGCUACAGAUCCAAAAGGCCGUGCGGUCAUGAUCGCGGCUGUUGAGAAGCAAAAGCUCGUGUAUAUCCUGAACCGUGACUCGGCGGCCAACCUCACCAUCUCGUCGCCGCUCGAAGCUCACAAGACUGCCACCAUCACGCAUCACAUUGUCGGUGUUGAUGUUGGUUACGAAAACCCGAUCUUUGCCGCCCUUGAGAUCGAUUACUCUGACUCUGACCAAGACCCGUCCGGCGAAGCAUUCGAGAAUGCAGAGAAGAUGCUUACCUUCUACGAACUGGAUCUGGGUCUGAACCAUGUGGUUCGCAAGUGGAGCGAGCCUGUCGACCCGCGCGCAAACAUGCUCAUCGCCGUCCCAGGCGGCACAGACGGUCCCUCUGGCGUGCUCGUCUGCUCAGAAAACUAUAUCACAUGGAGACAUCAGGGUGCUCCCGCAGCCCGCGUUCCUAUUCCCCGCCGUCCCUCAGCCAUUCAGUCGUCGGAGGCUGGUGACGACAGAGGCGUCAUCAUUGUCACUGCCGUCGUUCACAAGCUCAAGAAGGACUUUUUCGUGCUUGUCCAGACCGAAGACGGUGACAUCUUUAAGCUGACGAUGGAUUACGAGACCAGCAGUGAAGGCGCAGUGGGCCCCGUCACCAACUUGAAAAUCAAGUACUUUGACACCAUCCCUGCCAGCACAAGCCUGUGCAUCCUCAAAACCGGAUACCUAUUCAACGCCAGCGAGUUUGGCAAUCAUUACCUCUACCAAAUCGAGAACCUGGGCGAUGACGAUGAAGAGCAGAUGGAGUAUUCCAGUGGCGACUUUGACAGCGAGGAAGACAUUGCCGUUCCUUUCACCCCCAGGCCUCUUCGCAAUCUGCAGCCAGUCGACGAAAUGGAGUCGCUUUCGCCCUUGAUCGAUGCCCAGAUCCACAACCUUGCCGGUGAAGAGUCGCCCCAAAUCUACGCUCUGUGCGGACGAGGCGCCAAGAGCUCGUUCCGCAUCCUUCGACACGGUCUCGAGGUAAACGAAAUGGUCGCUAGUGAGCUUCCAGGCAACCCCAAUGCCGUCUGGACCGUCAAAACAAGUGCACGAGAUGAAUACGACUCGUAUAUCGUUGUCUCCUUCGUCAACGAGACGCUUGUGCUGUCCAUUGGUGAAGUCGUCGACGAGGUCACCGACUCGGGUCUCUUGACCUCCACGACUACCCUGACGGUUGCCCAGCUUGGAGAAGAUGCCCUCGUCCAGAUUUAUCCGCACGGCAUCCGCCAUAUCCGAUCGGAUAAGCGGAUCAGCGUGUGGGAAGCCCCCCACAACAAAAUCAUCGUCAAAGCGGUCUGCAACCAGCGCCAGGUCGUCAUUGGUCUCAGUGGGGGCGAAAUCGUCUACUUUGAACUGGACGCAAGUGGGCAGCUCAACGAGUAUCAGGAUCGGAAGGAACUUGCUGCGAGCAUCACUGCUCUGACACUCGGACCCAUUCCUGAUGGCCGAAUCCGCACCAAAUUCCUGUCCGUGGGCUGCUCAGACAACACCGUGCGGGUCAUUUCUCUCGACCCGGACAGCUGCCUGCAAAUGCUCUCGAUGCAGGCGGUGAGCGCCAUGCCCGAGUCUCUCGCCAUCGCGCACAUGCAAGAUACCGGCACAGCAGCCGGCACACUCUAUCUCAACAUUGGUCUACAGAACGGUGUUCUCCUCCGCACCACCCUCGACAGCGUCACCGGUGUGCUUUCAGACUCACGGCUGCGCUUUUUGGGAACUCGGCCUGUGAGGCUCUUCACGAUUCGCCUUUGUGGCGGCGAUGCUGUUUUGGCGCUGAGCUCGCGCGGCUGGCUGAACUAUGUUUACCAGGGCAGACAAUGCCUCACUCCGCUUUCAUACGAAGCACUCGAGUUUGGAUCGGGGCUUUGCAGCGAACAGUGCCCCGAAGGCGUCGUAGCGAUUUCGGCCAACACACUGAGAGUUCUGACAUUUGAGAAGCUUGGCAGCUCAUUCAACCAAGGCAUCGUGCCGCUCAAAUACACGCCCCGUCGGUUUACCCUCCACCAAGCCAGCAAGAACUUUGUGAUCAUCGAGAGCGAUUACCAGACACUUUGUCCAAGCGAAAAGGGAGAACACAUGGACCAAGACGACCAUGAGCUGCCGCCAGAUCAGUUUGGUCAUCUCCGGGGCGAGGCGGGAAAGUGGGCCUCGUGUAUUCGCCUGGUCAACCCUUUCGCUGGCGAGACCCUUUCGUUGGUCGAUCUGGAUCACAACGAGUCGGCCCUUAGCGUCAUCUCCUGCACCUUCCACGGCAACCAGGGAACGUACAUCAUUGUUGGAACCGCGAAGAAUCUGGUGCUCGCUCCUCGCUCAUGCAGCGAGGCGGCACUUCGGGUGUAUCGCGUGUCCCAUGAUGGAGGCGAGCUAGAGUUUGUCCACAGCACGCCAGUUGAGGAUGUCCCCUACGCGCUCUGUCAGUUCCAGGGCCGUCUGCUUGCCGGUAUAGGAAAGUGUUUGCGUAUCUACGACAUGGGAAAGCGCAAGCUCCUCAGAAAGUGCGAGAAUAAGCAAUUCCCAAACGUGAUUGUGUCGAUCCAGACGCAGGGCGACCGUAUUGUCGUGGCCGAUGUCCAAGAAUCGUGCCAUUACGCCGUUUAUCAACACCAAGACAACCGCAUUAUGAUCUUUGCUGACGACAUCCUGCCACGGUUCAUGACUUCGAUGGUGAUGGUCGACUACGAGACCGUUAUUGGCGGAGACAAGUUUGGAAACAUCUUUGCCAAUCGUCUCUCGGCAAGCAUCAGUGAAGAGAUUGACGACGACACCACAGGCAACAAGCUAGCCUUUGAGAAGGGGGUUUUGAAUGGAGCGCCGUACAAGCUCGACCAUCUUGCCGAGUUCUUUGUUGGCGAGACAAUCACUUCGCUCACCAAGACGGCCCUUGUCGCCGGCGGCCGCGAAAUCGUCAUGUACACCACCUUCCUCGGUCGCAUCGGCAUCCUUGUUCCCUUCACCAGCAAGGAGGAUAUUGACUUCUUCCAGACCAUGGAGAUGACGCUGCGCCAGCACCAGCCACCCUUCCUUGGACGAGACCACCUCUCCUACCGCUCCUUCUUCCAGCCCUGCCGCGCCGUGAUUGACGGCGAUCUGUGUGAAAAGUACCUCCACACCAGUCAACUGACUCCGGAUCAGAAGUCAAGCAUUGCGGAGGAGUUGGAGCGUAGCGUCCAUGAAGUUGCCAAGAAGAUCGAGGACAUGCGCACUCGGGUUGCGUUCUGAUGGAGUACCCCUCCCUGCACCCCCUCGAUGUGCCAUCAACGCAGCUUCUGCAAAAAGCGACAGGGACAUGGGAGCAUACUCUGUCGGUGCGCAAAACCAUCAGGGCUCUUCCAAUGAAUGCCCGAGAAUCCCGUUUGUCCCAAAAUACAUCUCUCUCAUUCGGA